UCGAUUGCGUUAAAUAAACAAGAACAAGAACUUCUCGUGCCGUCCAGCCGACGAUUACGGGUGACUGUAGUGGGUCCCUCUCUAACUUUUAUACUCACAACACACUCUAGUUUCCCUCUCUCUCUCUGCCCUCUCAUCAGUUCCCUCUUCUUCUUUAGAGCUUUAGGGCUUAGUUUUUCUUUUUCCUUUGUCUCACAAACAAAAAGCUGAAAUCUUCUUUUCUUUUUUAUUCUUCUCUGUUCCAAUCUUUGGUUUGUGUUAUAUUUUUUUGGCUCACUUCAUGGCGUCUUCCAGAGAAGGGCACUACAGGGGAGUGAGGAAGAGGCCAUGGGGAAGAUACGCGGCUGAAAUACGUGAUCCAUGGAAAAAAACAAGGGUCUGGUUGGGUACAUUUGACACACCAGAAGAAGCUGCACUUGCUUACGAUGGAGCUGCUAGGUCUCUCCGUGGAGCCAAAGCUAAAACAAACUUCCCCGCCCCAGCUUCCGCUGCUGGCCUUUCUCUCGAUCUCAAUCUUCCCUCUGAUAAUCCCCACCAUCCCCAUCAUCACCGUCAUCAUCGUUGGGCUUCAGCUUCAGCUCAUCACCAUCACCGCUUAGCCCUGGGUGAGUUCCUCACCACCGGGGUUCUCAAAGAAAUGAAGUUCGACGCUGACUCAUCAUCGUCAACUAAGCCCAAUGUUGUCGCCGUCUCGAAUGGUCCUCCGGUGCCGGAAAAUGGAUCCACAGCGUCGUUUUUUGGGAUGGUUCGACGUGGGUUGCCUAUAGAUUUGAAUGAACCACCUCCUUUGUGGCUGUGAAAACCAGAAAAAGCUCUAAGCUUUCCCACUGUGAAUGAGGUUUCUGUAGGCAUUUUACGGCUUCCUUUAUUUUUUUUUCCUUUUAACUUAACUCCCUUUAUGUUGAUCCCCUUUAAUGGCCCUUUUUCGCUUAGGUAUCUUUACUACCAUUUCUUUCUUUAUUUCUCUAUUUUGAGAGGGGAUUAAGCAACAAGAAGAAUCAUCAGACCAUUCAAAAAGUGAAGAACCUUUGUGUACAUAUAAUGUUUUUCUUAAUUUCUAUGAAACACUUCUCAGCUCUUUUUUUCUUUUCAUUUAUUUUAUUUUUCUUCAUGCAUAAAAUUUCUUCAUCAAUUUAAAACUAUAUCCAUCGUUGAUUCGACGGCAUUGGGUACUUGAUCAGACGGGCAAAAAUAUGGAUUCUGAUUUGCCUCCCAAGAACCAUACAUCCUCUUGCUAUAAGGAAUAUUAGGUGAAUAUAUAUAUAUAUUGAUAUACACCUCUAUGUUGAAGCACGCGCCGAUGGGAUGAGAGUGGGGUUCUCAUCAACUGGAGCCGGGGACUGGACUAGUGUUAAAGUGGGGCUUUUGUUGUUUUAACAUGGAAAAACGCGAAGCAAGCGUGUGCGUUUUGCAAUUCUUUUUUAGUUUGCUAGUCCAGAGAUCUGGUUCUGAUCAAUUCAGCAGCCUACAGCAUAGACCAACUCGCCUGUUCAAGCGCGUGUGAUUUCUCUAGGGUCUCCCAACAGUACCUCAUAACUCAGUUUAAUGUUGGUGUGAUAUUUCUCUUUUUUAAAGUAUAAAAAAAUAAAAUUGUGUUGAAGAUGGAUAACGUCUCUGUAUUACUUUGAGGGACGUCUCUGCAUUACUUUGAGGGACGUCGUUUUUAUCUGGUUAAGGAAAAAUGGGUGGUGGCGUUGGUCA